CAAGCUGCAACAUCGGGGGAAAUCGAACUAUUGGCAAGAUCUGGGGGGACCCGUGACUGCCUCUAGCAUGAUGUCAUACCUCAAACAGACCCCCUACGGCAUGAAUGGCCUAGGGCUCAGCGGCUCCGCCAUGGACCUACUGCACCCGUCUGUGGGCUACCCAGCGACGCCUAGAAAACAGCGUCGUGAACGGACCACGUUCACGCGCUCGCAGUUGGAUAUCCUCGAGUCGCUCUUUGCUAAAACUAGGUAUCCGGAUAUCUUCAUGCGCGAAGAGGUCGCACUGAAAAUUAACCUUCCGGAAUCCAGGGUCCAGGUGUGGUUCAAGAACCGACGGGCGAAGUGUCGGCAGCAGGCACAGAGCGGCAACAGUACCAAGGCCCGUCCGGCUAAGAAGAAGUCAUCUCCGGCGAGGGAGAGCACCGGGUCGGAGAGCAGCGGCCAGUUCACCCCGCCUGCCGUCUCCAGCACAGUCUCCUCCUCUUCUUCCUCCUCCUCCACCAAUCACGCGGGGGCGGGCCUCAGCAACACCUCUACCUCCAUCAGCACCGUCUCGUCCAUUUGGAGUCCCGCCAUCUCCCCGGGCAAUGGCCCGUUAACACCCGCCUCCGCCCCGCCACUCGCCGAGCCCCCAGGACCCCCGUCCAACGCCUCCUGCAUGCAGCGGUCGGUCUCGGGGUCGGUCUCGGCCGCCGCCUCCUAUCCCAUGUCCUACAACCAGACAACAGGCUACGGCUCCUACAACCCUACCCCGUCCAGCUCCUACUUCAGCGGGGUGGACUGCGGCUCCUACCUGGCCCCCAUGCACUCUCACCCACACCACCAGCUCAGCCCCAUGACGGCCUCUUCUAUGUCGGGUCACCCGCACCACCACAUCAGUCAGUCUUCAGGACACCAUCACCACCAUCACCAGGCGUACGGAGGCUCCGGCCUGGCCUUCAAUGGCUCAGACUGCUUGGAUUAUAAAGAGCAGACAGCGGCCUCCUCGUGGAAACUCAACUUUAAUGCCAGUGACUGCUUGGACUACAAAGACCAGGCCUCCUGGAGGUUCCAAGUCUUGUGAGGACUACAAAGACCAGGGGACUCAUGUCUUGUGAUUGGUUUACUUUUUUUCUCCCUUCUGUAUUUUCUCUCCCUUCCUAUUUGGUUUCCUCACUCAUCAUUUGUUGAUUUUUUUAAAGAGAAAAAAGUAUAUCAACGUUAAAAAGUAACAGCAAUUAUAGUUUGGAUGGACAGAAGCUCAUUGAUUGGACUUAUUUUUAUUAUUUUCAAUAAACGGUCCCUUUUUAAGCUUAUGAAAACAACUUGAGAGGAGAGAGGGCUGUGGGCUUGAUUGAAAAGACGUUUUUACUUUUGUCAAUGAAGAAAUGUUUCGACCUUUUAUGGACUGUUUUAACAAAUGUUUCAACCAAACUUCUGUGACCACUAGCGUCCUCCUGUCCUGGCUCUGGCGAUGCACUCACGUCUGUCUCUAGAACGAUGAGGAUUACCUACCGUCACGUGCCAGUGCACGCGCUGCUUACCUCCGUCCAUUUCCAAUCAAAUCCUGUUUUUAUUUCUGAAAUGUGUUAUUUUUAGGAUGAAAGAGAUUUUAGUCAGCGACGUAAAGGCGCUGAAAUAUGUAUAUAUGUAUUUUGGUCAGUUACAGUGACCACGUUUAGUUGGUGUUUCUGAAUUUGAAAUUGUUUAAGAACUUUGAAACAACUAU